ACCACAAUAGCGAUUGCCAGCCAGGUUCUUGUCUUGUAUAAGACUGAGGUGAUGGAGAAGUUCUCAUCUUCUGUUGGAGAGUGUGAUUCUGAAGAGUCUCUGGAGGCCAUUCUAUUCGUGGAUGGCAUCAUGUCUGACUUGAAUGAUUUCACCAGUUCGUGUUCCCCCUCACCAUCUGAGUUGUUAGACAGUGAACAAUGUCUCUCCCAUCUCACUUUUCCACUUGGUCUGCAGGACAGCACCACCAACAGUGAAUCUACCCUGAGUCUUCCAGUUAUAAAUAUGAAGAAACUCUCCAGUGUGUCUUUCCAGACAAAGGCUAGAAAGGCAGUGAGCGAAGCUCUGAGAUCUGUCAACCCCUUUACAAACAGCUUACUGGGAGACUCUGAAGCAUCUAAAUUGCUGGACACUUUUGUAACAGAUGUGGAGACUAUUGUUCAGUCCAUGCAGGCACAUCACUCUGAAAAUUUCAGAAUUUCAAAAGUGAGCACCCUUCAUGCGGCUCGUAUUAUAUAUCAUAGAUUUUGAGAAAUGCUGAGGCGUUUUCUCACUCCCUGCCAAGACUCUGUAAAGGUCAUCGAUGGUGUUACACCAAUACAUGAUGAGACUCUCAAACAGGCUCCUAGUGAAAGUUUAGAUUCUCAGGUGACUUGUAAUAGGGAUUCUCUUGAAAUCCAAGCGGACCUUCAAACCUGUACCAAGGAGGUCAUUAGUCAGAUCCUCACUGUGUAUCACUCUGAGGAAUCCAUGGAGGAAUGCCUCUCUAGCCUAAAAGGAGAUACAGAAGACCUGUCCAAGCUUUUGGAUGCCGUUGUUUCUCAGAUUGACGUCCUUGCCGCCUCCAAAUCAUAUUUAUCUGUUGAUGACUAUGCUGUCAAUACACAGGACAAUUUGCAUGGUGAGAUCAACAAUGAUGAGGAGGAGGCAUCCUCUAGAAGUCUUAAAUCCACAGCCUUUGACAAACUAUGUACUGAUGAGUUUCAAAUGAAAGCCUCACAUAUGGCUGGUGGGAUCCUUCAAUCAGGGUUAAUUGGCAUUGUAAAUACCAGCCUUGAUGGUAGAAGUGCAGACAUUUGUGCAGAGUCCAGUAACGAUGGUGAUGAUAGAGAUAUCAAAAUCCUUCAGAAGAGUGGAACUCCACCUUUGUUCACCUCUUCUCUGCACACCAAUUCUGCAGCAUCCAACAUCGUCAUAAGCAUCACUAAAGACCUUAAUAGCUUCACCCAGAUCACUAAAAUGUCUGAUGCUUCAGUGUCUGGCCAGUUAGAGAGAUCCCUGUCAGCUUCAACCCUUCCUGUCAGUGUUCAGAACGGGGCCAAUGUGAAAGGAAAGAUCAUUUGGCCAGGCACUGUAAACCUGUUCAACAAUGUGUUCAUCAAGGUCAAGGAUUUUUUUGCCAAGCAACAACCGGUCCUCCUAGACAAUGUGGUUGAGGCCCCCAAACAUGCCGAAUCCAUAUGCAGAACAGCUACUUCUACACAAAUGACUUACAGUGAACAUGAAGGCAGCCAGACCAGCAUGGUAAGUUAUUCCAAAGCCUUAAUUAGUCAGACUCUGAUGACAAUCCAGAGGAGAGUGUCUAUGUCAGAGAGGAUGAGCACCUCAGAGAAAGGCCUCUUGACUCGUUCCAUCGUGGGCUCCAUGUUGGAGGAUGUUGACAUGGUGAGAACUGAUGGACACGAGAUACACCGGCCAUCCUCCUCAAAGUCCUCCCUGUCCAUCACCUCUGCCAUGACCAGAGGGUCCCGGAGUGAUUUUACAAAUUCUCUUCCAGGCACUCCAGUCCCCAAUGAGUGGCCUGUUGAAAUAUAUUAUCCUAUCAUUAGGAGUUCGGUCAUUGAUAUGAGUGACUCCUCAACUCAUUCACAAGGGUCAACAAAUUACACAAGGCAAACCAUCUCUGCCAUAGUUGACACUGUUAUGGAGGUCAUUCCAAGAGAAGAUACGGAACACAUAGCCACUGCAGAUGAUGUCACUUCUUUUACAAGAAGACUUGCGAGACUCAGCCCCAGGGACGGUCUUCAGAACUUCUCACAUGAGCUCACUGACAAAGUUUAUGAGCUCAUAAAAAGUCACAACACCCCACAGGCUCUUUUUGUGCCAGCUGGCAAGAGCGUGUCUGACUCUAUUCUUUUGAAGCUGAAGACAGGAUUGAAUGCUUCUGAAGAAUCCAGGGAGUUUCCAUCUGACCUUGUAUACUCCUUUGCUACGGAGUCAAUAAAACGUCUGCUACAGCAGAUUGUCUUCUGGCUUCCUCCACCAUCACAAGGAUCCGAUUUCUGCCAAACUAUCAUCUCUGAUGAUUCUCUGCAGGAAACAAGUUGGCAUAUGCCGAGCUCUUCUGCCAUCUCCGUUAGUUCCUCACAGGUUUACUUUGACACAAAGAGCCUUUUCACCAAUAUAAUGGUCGAUCAGGUCAUGGAUACCUGUUCUGUGGCCUCCAAUUCAUCAGAAGAAUUAUCAGAGUUGAUGAACAUAAUCAAUGGGUUGUCCCCAACUGAUGCUGGAACACUUGACUCUGACAGACCGGCUCUCAUGACCACUAGCCGUCAGUCUAGUUCCAAAUCAUUGCCUGGACCCUCUCUGUCUGGCAGCAGCACACACAACGGUGGAACUGUGGAUAUUCAAGUUUUAGGAGAGGUGGAAUCCAAGAUGGACAACAAAGAUCUGGAGAUGUCUAGUGCCUCUGUGCAUCCAUCAACUCCAUCAGCCAUGGACUCUGAUACACAUGCAUCAUUUGACUCCACUAGCAAUGACUACACCUCUUUGGUACUUUUUCUGAUUGUUAGACUGCUGUCAAUGAUCACCCCUAUCACAUUACUGGAAUCCUCUGACAUUGGUGAAACAUCAAGAGUUCUCACAAAGAGGAUUCUGUCUGAGUUCUGUGGCACCUCAGGCCUUGAACCAACUCAAGCCUACCCCCAGAAUCUGAAAAUCAAAAAGAUUUUCAAGGCUGUCUACAAGGGGCUUCUUCAAGAAUUUGGGUCAGAGAAGAUGCUCCAGGUUGCAAUGAAGUCAACGGAUUAUGCAUUUGACGAUGCCCUGGUCAAAUCAUUAACUAGGGAACUACUAACGAAAUGCAAUGAGGCUAGCUCUUCACCUCCCUCCAUGACCCAGUUGUCAUCACGCAAUGCACUUGGCAGUGACGAGGUAGGUAAUUCUGGGCUUCCAAAAACUGGUAGAAAGGAAAAGAAGAGAGGAAGAUUCAGCGCUCUCUGUGGACUCAACCCAAAGUGUACAAAGAAGGUCAACAAGAAGAACCACUGCACUCCAACACCUUCCCAGAACCAGACCCCUGCCGUCAGUGAAACAGCAAUUUUCCAUGAUCAACAAUCCUGCCGAACAGAGAGUGUAUGCUCCACCAAGAAGAAACCAAGGAAGCGUUCGCUCAUUUCCAGGAUGUUUUCAGCUAUAGGCAAAGCCUUGUCCAGUCCUUUUACUUCCUGCUAUAAAAAGAAGAGGACCUAAUCUAUAUUUCAAAAUAAAUAUUUGAAAUUAA